AUGCGAAACACUAAAAUCGAUCUGGACGCCGAGGAAGCAGCGUUUCUGGACCUUGCGGAUUCGAUCGAGCAGGAGUGGCAAUCUCCCAGACAGGCACAUCUGAAAAGACCCUACUCAGCCAAGACAAUUGCCGCGUUGCGAAACACAAUCCCCAUCUCGUACCCAUCGAGCUUGCAAGGCGAUAAGCUUUGGGAUCUCUUGAAUGAACACCUGAAAAAUGGUACCCAUGAGAAGACAUUUGGUACGACCGAACCUACCGUGGUUUCCCAAAUGGUCAAGCAUCAACAGACUGUGUACGUCUCGGGGGCACUUUGCGGUCUCUCGGAAGUUCAGCAUCCGGGCUGCGAUCAUGCAGACUACCCAUGGGACACAGUUCCCAAGGUUGUCGAGAAGAUCUUCAAAGCCCAAUUGUGGCACGACCAGCGCCAGAAGCAGUUCAGAUUACACCACACAAAGGCUGAGCGGGAGAAGCUUGAAGCUUACGACUUCAUGGCGCCCAUCAUUGCCGAUGGCGACAUGGGCUUCGGAGGCCUGACCUCGACGGUCAAGAUGACCAAGUUAUUUGUGGAGGCGGGAGUCGCCAUGAUCCACCUGGAUGAUCUCGCCAUUGGCUUGAAGAAAUUCACGAUUGGCGAGGGCCGAACCGUGGUGCCUACCAGCGAGUAUAUCGCUCGCCUCACGGCCGUUCGCAUGCAAUUCGAUGUCAUGGGUGUCAAUACGUUACUGAUGUGUCGAUGUGAUACAGACCGUUCUCAAUUCAUCACGAGCACAAUUGAUCCGAGGGACCAUGAGUACAUCCUAGGCGCCACCCACGACGUGAAGCCUCUCGUGGAGGCGGUCUCAUCGGGAAUGGCUGAGGGCAAGACGUACAUGCAGGCACGCGAUGAAUGGAAGGCCAGCGCAGGCUUGAUGACCUUUGACGAGGCGGUCAAGGCCAGAUGCAACGAGCAGAAGUACCAGCAGUAUCUGGCAAAGGCUUCCGUGUACGGCACGUCACUCAAGGAUCGACGCCGAUUCGCCAAGGAUGCUGUAGGAGAGGACGUUGUUUUCGACUGGGAGCUGCCGAGGUCCAAAGAGGGCCAGUAUAUGUGGAAGCCAAGCGUCAAGACAAUCGUAGAGCGAGCUGUUGCAGCUGCUCCCUUGGGAGACAUGACUUGGGCAAGAAUGGAUGCGCCAGUCUGGAGGGACAUUCUCGAAUUCCACACGGAAGUUCGUAAGAUCUUUCCUGAUCGGCUCUUUGCCUUCGGAUUCACCGGCAUGUACGACUAUACAAAGGCCGGUUUCACUGAUGAGCAAAUCCGCUCCUUCAGUGACGACAUGGCCAAGCUGGGCAUUGUUUGGCAGGUCCAGCCGAUCUGGGCUGUCGGCGGGCUUAACAUGACGGCUGAGAAAUUCGCAAAGGAGUGGCAGCAAGACGGCAUCGCGGGGUAUAUUGAGAAGAUUUCCAAACCGUCCAGGGCGCCACCCAUUGUGGAUGGAUUCCACAAGCCUAGCUAUGCUGGAUCUUAUCUAGCUGACGCUUUCUUCGCUGCCGUGGCUGGUCAGGAGAUCACGCCGUAG